AUGGCCAGUUACAUUGGAAAACCCAUUUCGCUUGUAUCGCAAUCGGACGUACGCUACCGAGGCAUCCUGGCGGGUAUUGACCCGAAUGCGUCGACCAUUCAGUUGUCGAAGGUGUAUUCUAUGGGAACGGAGAGUAGGAGACCUGCAGCAGAGUUCAUACCACCAGUACAAGAACCCUACGAAUACAUCAUCUUCCGGGCGUCUGAGGUUAAGGAUUUAACGGUAGAUGAGCAACAACAGGUUGCUCGUCAAAACGUCCAGGAUGAUCCUGCUGUCAUCAACGCUUCUGCUGGUCCUCCUAUCGCGGCCGGAUACUCACCGUAUUCCCAAGCCCCAGUGCCCAAUCCUGCCUUCGUGCAACCGCCGCCGCCCCAGCCAGUUCCUCCGACUCAGCCAGAACCGACUCCUGCUCCGCCCCGUCUCCAACAACAAAACCGACGCGCAAACCCAGUCCAUACAGCCGCAGCGUCCAUGGAGACUGUCGAGCGGGCCCUCGGCGAUCUACGGGUCUCAAAUACGGGGAAUGCAAAUGCAAACCGUCGCCGCCACCCGCAACAGAAGGAGCAGAUCAAAGUGCCCACCACCGACUUCGACUUUGAGGGCAGCAACGCGCGGUUCGAUAAGCCUGGAGCGAAGAAGGGCGACGAGGAGGAGAAAGAGAAAGAACCAGCUGCGUAUAACCCGGAAAAGUCGUUCUUUGAUUCGUUGACGCCUGCGCCGGUGCGAGGUGGAGGAGGCGGUGGUAGGGGCGGAGGAAGGGGAGGACACCCUGGUAGGAAUCGACGGGAGGAGGAGAGGGAAAGGAACGUGGCCACGUUUGGAGAGCCGGGGGGUGUUGGGCUCAUGGGUCCUGGAGCAUAUGUCAAUGGCUGGGGCGGAUACGGGCGGCGAGGCGGCGGAAGGCCAAGGAGGGGCGGGCCACCUCAUGGCGUCGAGGUUAAUUCGCGCUGAGUGACACUUUUUUUUGGUUGUUGAUGCUGUUUCCUCUGUUUUGUCGACGUUACUGCUGUUAGUGCUUUACUAAUACAAAAUGAUUUUCUACAUAUUGAAAUUGUAGCGAUAUUCCUUUGGCGUUAUUUUGAAGUUUUUCGAUGCGGACACAGAGUGCGUGUUACAGGUCCAAGUCGCUAUCGUAGUCUAUCAAAGGACCCGUGCCGUGCACAUUAAACUUCUCAAACAAGCAUCUAAAAGUAGAAUGCGCCGGAGCCGCACCCAAGU